UAAUACUCCACUGUUUUGCUUUGUUGUUGGCUGUUUGGACAUUUUGGUGGCUGGAAUUGCUCCCUGGANGUUGCUACACCCUCUCAAUACUCUUAAGCAAGGAAUCAACACUUCAAAUCAAUGCUUUGAGGGACUAAACCGUGGCUGUCCAGAGCCUUGUGCAAGUAGACAUUUCAUCAAACAGCAACAAUGCUAUUGGAGGUCUUCAACAAGUUCCAGCCGUGCUUCAUUUCAUGGUGAUAGCCCCCAUGGAAGUCCUUCUAGCAAGUUUGAUGUGAUGAAGGCCUUCCAACAAAUGCAACAACAACUUGAUGCCAUGAGCAAGCGGUUAGACUCGGAAACAAAGGCAAAAGGAAAGCAAACAUAUGAGCAUGAGCAUGGUUCUUCCAAGAAGAAGCAAGAAGCUAGAACUGUAAAUGUAUACCUUCCCUCGCCAAAGAUGCAUCAAGAAGAUAAAGCUAUGGACCAAGGCCUUGCACUACAAAAGUUGAACUUGCCUACUUUCACAGGGGAAGCCGAGCCGUCUAUUUUUUUAGAUUGGAUAGCUAAAGUAGAGGACAUUUUUGACUUGUAUAGUAUAGAAGGGCAUUUGCGUGUAAAGUUUGUUUGUUUAGCUUUAGAGGGACACGCCAAACAAUGGCUACGUAGGAGAAACUUAACCAUGGCCUCACCCGCGAGUACAUGGGAACAUUUCAGGGACAUUUUGUACGAACGUUUCGUACCUCCAUACUACCAUAGGGAUCUCUUGAUUAAGCUCCAACGGCUUACUCAAGAUAGACGAAGUGUGGAGNANUAUGCUCGCGAGCUCGAA